AAUGUAGUGUCUGUAGGACUCGUAGAGGCUGUAGUGUUUGUAGGACCUGUAGAGGUUGUAGUGUUUGAAGGACCCGUAGAGGAUGUAGUGUUUGUAGGACCUGUAGAGGCUGUAGUGUUUGUAGGACCUGUGAAGGCUAAAGUGUUUAUAGGACCUGUAGGGGCUGUAGUGUUUGUGGGACCUGCAGAGGUUGUAGUGUUCGUGGGGCCUGCAGAGGCUGUAGUGUUUGAAGGACCCGUAAGGAAUGUAGUGUCUGUAGGACUCGUAGAGGCUGUAGUGUUUGUAGGACCUGUAGAGGUUGUAGUGUUUGAAGAACCCGUAGAGGAUGUAGUGUCUGUAGGACUCGUAGAGGCUGUAGUGUUUGUAGGACCUGUAGAGGCUGUAGUAUUUGAAGGACCCGUAGAGGCUGUAGUGUUUGUAGGACCUGUAGAGGCUGUAGUGUUUGAAGGACCCGUAGAGGCUGUAGUGUUUGAAGGACCUGUAGAGGUUGUAGUGUUUGUAGGACCUGUAGAGGAUGUAUUGUUUGUUGGACCUGUAGAGGUUGUAGUGUCUGUAGGGCCUGUAGAGGUUGUAGUGUUUGUAGGACCUGUAGAGAUUGUAGUGUUUGUAGGACCUGUAGAGGAUGUAGUGUUUGUAGGACCUGUAGAGGCUGUAGUGUUUGUAGGACCUGUAGAGGCUGUAGUGUUUGUAGGACCUGUAGAGGCUGUAGUGUUUGUAGGACCUGUAGAGGCUGUAGUGUUUGUAGGACCUGUAGAGGCUGUAGUGUUUGUGGGACCUGUAGAGGUUGUAGUGUUUGUGGGACCUGUAGAGGUUGUAGUGUUUGUGGGACCUGUAGAGGCUGUAGUGUUUUUAGGACCUGUAGAGGCUGUAAUGUUUGUAGGACCUGUAGAGGCAUUAGUGUUUGUAGGACCUGUAGGGGCUGUAUUGUUUGCGGGAUUUGCUGAGGCUUUAGUAUUUGUGAGACCUGCAUAGGCAGAAAUGUUUGUAGGACCUGCAGAGGCCGUGGUGUUUGUAGGAUCAGUGGAAGCUGUAGUGUUUGUGGGACCUGUAAAGGUUGUAGUGUUUGAAGGAACUGUAGAAGCUGUAGUGCUUGUAGAACCUGUAGAGGCUGUAAAAUUUGUAGAACCUGCAGAGGCUGUAGUGUUUAUAAGACUUGUAGAGGCUUUAGUCUUCGUAAGUUCUGCAGAGCCCGUAGUUUUUAUAGAACCUGUAGAGGCUGAAGAGAACCUGAGGCUCUGUUGUUUGCCUGUGGCAUUUUUAUAAGACCUGUGGAGGCUGUAGUGUUUAUAGGACCUGUAGAGGUUGUAGUGUUUAUAAGACUGUUUAGUCUUCGUAAGUUCUGCAGGUUUGGAACCUGCAGAAGAGUAUAGGACCUGCAGUUUUUAAGACUUUUUAAGACUUGGAGUCGUUGUAGAAGCUGUGGGACCGGCAACAUUUAUAUCAAUGGUUUGA